AUGGGCGGCAAGUCUUCUCAAAGAUCUGAGGAGAUUCUUGCUGACGUAAUAGCAGAAAGUAUUGUGUUGGCUCAGAAACAGCAAGAAGACACAAGGGCAGGGCUGACUAGCUCAAAGUUGGCCCUGUUUGAGGAUCCAGAGGCAGAACACUCUACUGCUGUUCCAGCAGCUGAGGAGCAGGCUGUUGUGGUUCCAGAAGCUAAAGUGGAAGUGGCUGUAUCUGCUCCUGAAGUUACGGUAGAAGUGCCCAGACCUGUUGGUGCCCUGUCAGUGGUGACCAGUCCCUUGAAGCCCUCAAUUGUUGCUAUGCCUAUCCAUUCCUUCCCAGGUUCAUCUACCACGGCCUCCUUUUCUGAUCCAGAACUGGCAGCAUUUGAAGCUAUGGACCUAGAUGCCCAGCUGGACAAAUUGGAGAAACUCAGCUCCCCUCCAAGCAAGGCAAAAUCCAAGGCAGUGGAGGAGGCUAUAGAGAGACUAAAGAUCUGGCAGUCUACUGAGCUGGAGCUGGAUGAGGACAGGGAAGCCAUUGACCAGCUGAUGAAAGACAUGGACCUGCUGUACAGACAUAAUAUGGCCCCCAAACCCAUACUUGAGAUGAGUCUUGGCCUGGCAAGAGAUGUGCUCAACUUCCAUGAUCGCUAUGAGGAUCUCAAGCCCUCCUUCAAGACUUCUGAAUUCUGCAAGGCUACUCACGAAGCCAACUUGGCUGAUUUUGCAAAGCAGAAGGCAGAAUUGGACCAGAUGGUGGCAGGAUACAAGGAGGCUAAGUCUAUUGCAAACAAGCUGGAAAAACAGAUUAAGGAGCUGCAGAAGCAAUUGGCAGAAUGCAGGGAGGUGCAGAACAGGCUUGGGGCUGGACUGAGCUCCAAGACCAAGGCUACUUUCCUUGUGCAGAGCAUGGUUGCAGUCUCCAGGCCAGCUUUGGAAAUUGCAAAGGCUUCAAUCCACUAA